AUGUCUCACUCUUCAAUUUCGUCCCUAGAAAAUGAAAAAGGUGGAGCUCUCCCGGGGUUCCAACACGACGAAUCCGAUGUCACCACAGAUUCUGGACGCCUUCACGCCCUCGAGCAACUAGAAAUACUCCCCCAGAUCCUACAGGAAGGAAUCUUAUUUGCCGGCUCGGGCGCGGCUCUCCUUCUCCAAGCAGCGAUGCCCGAAAUCCGCGAAGAGGAAAACAGCAACGAUACCCCCAAAGAUCUAGCCACGGAGCUCCUCGACGCACUCCAAGCACACAUCAGCUAUACCUCAACCUUAGUCUUCGGCACACGCACCGAACGCAAAACUCUCCUGGGAAUGUUACACCGCGGCGAGGCCCCAGGUCUAGGCGGCGGACGUAACAACAGAUUCGCACACCACCCUCCCCUCCAGCUCUGGAUGGCCGCAACGUUGUACGCCACCGCAACGGAUUUCUAUCAGCGCGUCUACGGCCGUACUCGGCAAAAGUUCUGGUCUUACUGGGAUGAUCAGGUUGGAAAGUUGGUUGUCUCGCCAGACGCGGCGCGGUUUGCGAAGGACCUUCGGGAGAGUACUGACAUGCCGAAGUGGGUGCAACGGAUUAAACCUUUCCUUCGUGUUGUUACUAUUGAGAUGUUGCCGCCGAAGUUGCGGGAGGCUUAUGGAUUAAGGUCGACUGGUAAGACUCGUGCUUUGUAUCGGACAUGGAUGGGCUUCUCGACAGCUGUGUAUCCAGCUAUGCCGCGCAAGAUGCGUGCAUACCCGUUGCGUUAUUAUCAGGAUCGCCUUCGUGGCAAAUUGAAUGUUGCCUGA